UUUAAUGGAUUAAAUAACAAAGGAAAUAACUGCAUGGGCUUGCGAUUCGAACUCUAGCUCUUUAGCUACACGUGGUUUACUUGGAAAGUGUACCAGCAAACAGUUGAUAUAAUGUAAAAAGUGGAGCAGCGACAGCUAUUCAUCAGCAUUAAUCACAGCAGGGUGUUCUACUGGGUGAGAAUUUAUGGCAGCUCUCACUUAAGGUGCACAAACCUUAAGGUUUGUGUGGAAAGUUCAGUAAGUGUGUGCCAGUGAAUGUAUCCGUGCAUAGCAAAGAAUUCACCUGGGUAUCGAAGGAGGUAUAGAUUUCACCACGGUAGCACUCUCCAAGGAAUAACCCAGAAUGAUAUUUACGGAUUUAUGUUUUUUUUGGUGGAAACUGAGUAAGAUUUCAUGCAUCUGAGGAUUGCAUGUUAUGCAGGUGCAGUGUCCAAUCAAUAAGAAUGUUUUAGCCCCUCACCGAAGAUUGGAUGUCGUCGCUGUGUUUCUGUGUGCAGGAAUUUUUUUAACUUGGAUUUCAAAUUUCAGAUUGUGAGUGGGAAGCUGAUAACUGAAGCUUAUUUACUUGAUUUAUGGAUGUGGAUUUUUUUUAAUUUUCGGUGAUUGCGUAGAAUGUGUAGAAUUGAGGUGUUAAUGUUCGACUCGGCUGUUUGUUGGCGUUGGCCUUUCAGCUGUGAUUCCAGCUUGUGAUGUGUUAUGAUUAACUGCUUGGACGUAAUGGAUCAGUAGUUUUAAUCUGGGGAAAUUACGCGCAUCAUGUUGCCCCCAGGGAGGAUGUGGUGAGAUGAUGCGGGGUCUGAGAUUGUCUUGAUCUCCCGCGAGGAAUGACGUGGAUGCGUUUUUUUGACAUUUUCUUGACUUGACUUGAGGAGCUGUGCUCAGUUGCGAUUUAUUUUUUGUUUGCCGACAAGAAUGAUGAAAUGGCAGCCAAAAAAGAAGGCCUACUACCGGCAAGGCAUUGCUCUCCAGUGUCUUGGUCGUCACGCUGAUGCCCUGGCUGCUUUCUCCUCAGGACUCUCCCAGGAUCCUAAGAGUCUUCAACUGCUUGCUGGACUAGCAGAGGCCGCUCUUAAGUCACCACUCAAAGAUACAUUUGAACCCACCUAUAAGCAGCUCCAGUCUAUGAAGUUGGACAAGAGCCCCUUUGUUAUCAUCUCUGUAAUUGGUCAGGAGCUUCUUGCGGCUGGCUAUCAUGCGUCCUCAUUGGUUGUCUUAGAAUCGGCUCUCAAAAUCGGAACAUGCAGUUUGAAGCUACGAGGAUCUGUCUUCUCUGCACUGAGCAGCGCUCACUGGGGUCUAGCCAACACAGAUAAGGCUGUGGCUUACAUGCAACAAGACCUAGCCGUAGCCAAGUCAUUAGGUGAUCAAAUCGGUGAAUGCCGAGCCCACGGUAACCUCGGAGCAGCAUUCUUCUCUAAGAGUAACUACAAGGAAGCAUUGACUCAUCAUCGUUUCCAACUGGUACUCGCCAUGAAGCAGAAAGAUAGGAAUACUGCCGCUGCUGCACUCAGUAGCUUAGGUCAUGUGUAUUCAGCCAUUGGUGACUAUCCCAAUGCCCUAGCAAGCCACAAACAAUGUGUCCUCCUAGCCAAGCAACUCAACGACAAACACUUCGAAGCAAGAGAAGUGGGCAACGUCGGAGCAGUCCACCUCGCCCUUGGGGAGUUUGACAGCGCCCUCGAGUGCCACAAGCAACAUCUGGAGAUCGCCAAACUGUUGGAUAAUCGCAGUGAGGAAGCGCGGGCGUUUAGCAAUCUCGGGAGUGCCUACCAUUACAAGAGUGACUAUGCCAAGGCGGCAACUUACCAUGAUCAGGUCUUGACCAUCGCUAAGAACUUACAGGAUCGGACCGUUGAGGCGAGGGCAUUCGCUGGCCUGGGUCAUGCUGCAAGGUGUAGCGGUGAUUUGGAGAAAGCGAAACACUGCCACCAGCAGCAGUUGAACAUUGCGCUGAGUACAAAGGACAAGACGAUGGAAGGGAGAGCUUGCUCAAAUCUAGGUAUCAUCCACCAGUCGCAGGGACAAUUUGAUACUGCCCUCAAGCUUCAUAAAGCGCAUCUGAUGAUCGUUACGGAACUCGUUGAUCGGGCUGGACAGGGUAGGGCCUACGGGAACAUGGGUAAUGCCUACAGUGCUUUAGGGCAGCCAGAGCAGGCAGUGAAGUACCAUAAGCAGGAGUUGGUUAUAUCACGUGAGGUGAAUGAUAGAGCCUCGGAGGCCUGUACUCAGGGGAACUUGGCUGUUGCGUACCAAUCUCUUGGUAUGCAUGAGAAAGCCCUGGAACACUAUCAAUCCCACGCAAAGAUUGCCGGAGAACUCAAAGACCAGGUGAGCGAAGGACGGGCUUUGAGUAACUUAGGAAACUAUCAUAGCUCCCGUGGAGAGUUCAGGCAAGCACUGCCGUACUAUGAGAACUAUCUGAAACUCACCAAAGGUUUAAACGACCCAAUAGGCCAAGGCAAGGCUUAUCAUAACUUAGGGUUUGCUCAUUAUUCGUUGGGGAACUACAAAGAGGCGGUACAAUUCUAUGAGAAGGAUCUGGUCUUGGCGCGGGACCAGAAGGACAAAGUGAGUCUUGGCCGGGCUUACUGCAAUCUAGGCUUGGCUUAUAGAACGUUGGGAAACUUCAAACGAGCCAGUGAGUGUCAGAAGUGCUUCCUGACUAUAGCUCACCACAUGAAGAAUGCCGGCGGCAAAUUCCGUGCUCUUGGAAACCUUGGGGAUAUAUGCAUGGCGCAGACAGACACUGACAGCGCUAUUAAGUUCUACGAGCAGCAACUGCAGUUAGCGAAGCAGGUUAAUAACAAGACGUUAGAAGCGUGCGCGUACGGCGCUCUUGGAUCUGCCCACCGAAAGAUUAAGAUCUAUAAUAAGGCUUUAGCUUAUCACACGCAGGAGUUGCAGUUGUGUGAAGAAAUGAAUGACCUGAAGGGAGAGUGCAAAGCUCACAGUCACCUGGGAGCUGUCCAUACAUCACUUGGGAAGUACCUGGAUGCUUUCAAGUGUUACGAGGAGCAGCUGAAACGUGCCAAUGAGUUGAGAGAUAGUGCUUUGCAGGCCCAAGCCUUUGGUAAUCUCGGCAUCUCUAAGAUGAAUAUGAACCUCUUUGAGGAUGCCUUGGGAUACUUUGAGGAACAGCUUGCUACCCUGGAACAGCUGGUGGGGAACUCCGUUUUAAACGAUAGAGGGCGUGCGUUUGGGAAUCUCGCUGAGUGCUACGAAGCGCUGGGAGAUUAUGAUGAAGCUGUGAGGAACUAUGAUCAGUAUCUGGCAAUCGCACAGAAGAUGAAGAAUUCAAGAGAGCAGGACAGGGCGUACCGUGGAUUAGGGAAUGUUCACCGGGCCAUGGGGAGCCUACAGCAAGCCCUAUUUUGCUUUGAGAAGCGUCUUGUUGUGGCUCAUGAAACGGAGGAUGAGUCAACACGAGCGUCUGCGUACGGAGAGCUAGGCUGUCUACACAGUAUCAUGGGGAACUUUGAACAAGCAAUCUCAUGCCUUGAGAAUCAAUUAAAGAUUGCUCAGGAGAUGCAUGAUAAAUCUGGUCAGGCUGAUGCCGCCUGUGGACUAGGAGGUGUGUACCAACAGAUGGGGGAGUACGAAAAGGCGCUGGAAUUCCACCAGAUGGACUUAAACAUCGCUGAGGAAAGCCAGAAUCUCUCAUGCCAGGGGAGGGCAUUUGGGAAUCUCGGCGUCACUCAUGAGUCUCUAGGGAACUAUCAGAAGGCAAUUAUGUAUCAAGAGCAGCAUCUCAGUAUAGCCGCCCAAGUUAAUGACCGCGUGGCCAAAGCUCUCGCCUACAGCAGCCUGGGUCGGGUUCACCAUGCACUCGGCAACUUCUCGCAAGCUGUCGCUUACCUGACUCAAGGUCUUCAGAUUGCAGAUCAGCUCGGACGGAAAGAGGAUGAGGCUAAGAUUAGACAUCGACUUGGCCUUGCUCAGUGGUCCAACGGUAACUUAGACGAGGCCCAGCGACAACUCUACCGCGCAGCUGAUCUCUUCGAGUCCAUCUGGCGAGAGACUCAAGUCGGAAGCGAGUACAAGAUCUCACUCCUAGAGUCACAAUCAGCAUCCUAUCAGUCACUUCAGAAGGUCCUCGUCGCAAUGGACCGACAAGAGGAAGCACUGGCUGUCGCUGAGAGGAGUCGAACUCGAGCCUUUGUUGAUCUGCUUCUUGGGCGUCAGUCAGGAGACGAUGCUAGUCCUGUGGAUGUGAUGGACACAGUCUUGAUGACUGUAGACGAGAUAUUGGAUCUGGUCAGUAUGCAGAGUGCCAAUGUCUUAUAUUUCUCAGUCGCAUCAGGACAUCUGUACAGCUGGCUUAUCACACCCACAGAUGGUAUUGUGAAGUUCAAUGACUGCAACUUGAAUCAACUUGACAAGUCCGCCGAAGAAGACAGCCUUUCAACAUGCUCCGAGUCUACGUUGACGAACAGCACCCUCAACGUGACCACAUCAGCGCACCUUGACCAGUGCAUAGUGCAUGCAAGGGAAGCCCUGGGCGUUGACACCCAGCACAGUUUGUAUCGCGGGGCGGGGGACAUCACCAGUGAGACAGAGAGCGAGGCAGACGAACUCCUCCAGAAACACCUUGAGGAGCUGAAUGCCAAGCUAAUCAGUGGCAGCGGUGGGAUGGACAACAACAACCAGCACGCCGCUAUGCGGUUGACCAAUCGUAACCAUGUAACAAACAGCAGCAGUCGCAGUGUCGCGAGUGUGAUGAGUCAGUUGAGUCUCAACGGGAGCGUCAUGAGUAACUCGUCGAUGAUGAACGGUGCUGCGAAUAAAUCAACAAAGCAGAAGCAGCUGAAAUCCUGGUCUGGAAGGCCACCGCUAAGAGUUCUUUACGACCUGCUGGUUGCACCAAUGGAGGAUAUGCUUCCACAACCUAACGGUCCGAAUACCCCAGCUACUGAUCUGGUCUUGGUUCUUGAAGGUGAUUUGUACCUAGUGCCGUUCUCCGUUCUCAAAGGUGCCUCAUCCACGGAGUGCCUUCAAGACCGCUUUAAUCUACGCGUUGUGCCAUCGUUGAGGGCGCUUAACACCAAUCGGUACUGGGAGCAGAGAGCGACAUCCAAUAGCGGUAUGGUGCCCGCUGUGGUUGUGGCAAACCCUGAGCUGCCGGCCAGUGUAACGGAGAGGUGGGGGUGGGGAGCCCUACCUAAUGCUGAACAGGAAGCUCACUUAGUGUCAGAGAUCAUGGGAGUGACUCCUCUUACUGGACAUUCGGCCACCAAGGAGGCUCUCUGCAAAUCCAUCUCCAACGCUGAGUGUCUCCACUUUGCCACCUCCGUCUCCUGGAAACUCUCUGCUCUCAUUCUAUCCCCUGGACAUUUCCAAACAAAGAGGGCGGCAUCAUCACCAGUCAGACAGAGGAGUGUGUCCCCGACGAAUGGUGAGAAUGGAGCCCUGGAGCAUCUCGACCUAACAGACAGUGAAGAGAGUGACUCGGAGAGUAACCAAGACACCCCAGCCCUCUCCGAAUUCCUCCUCACGGCCGCUGACAUCCUAGAUCUCCAACUCACUGCUAAGCUCGUCGUCCUUUCGGCCUAUGCCAGCGAGACACGCUCCGGCCGUAUCACCACGGACGGUAUCGUGGGUCUGGCCAGGGCGUUCCUUGCAGCCGGUGCUCAGAGUGUUCUGGUGCCACUGUGGUACGUCCCGGAGCCGGCCAACAAGAUCUUCAUGAAGGGGUUGUAUGAGAGCCUGCUACAGGGGACCAAAGCCAGCAUGGCUGUCAGCGAUGCUAUGCAUAGUGUACAGGAAUUCAAGCAGUUUGCUCAUCCUUCCAACUGGUCAGGUUUCAUGCUGCUUGGUUGUGAUGUCAGGCUGAGUAAUAAGAGUGCAAUGUUCGGCAACGCCAUCGGCGAUCUUCUCAUGUCACCAACUAAGUGUAGAGAAGCUCUCAGAGUACUACUGCAUCUUAUUGAGAAAUCUCUUCAGCGAAUCCACCGUGGGCCCAAGAAUCCCAUCUACACCACCCAGCAGAGCAUCUUAAAGAAGGUCGGGCCAGUCAGAGGAUGGCAGGAGUUACUCAAGGCAGUAGGGUUCAGAUUUGAAGAGCAGCCAGCUAAGGGUAUACCGCCCUCUGUGUUCUUCCCAUUGGCAGACCCCGGGGAGAGGUUGUUACAGGCUAGCGCUAGCCUGCAGGCAUUGCUUGGUUUGUCCCAGAAUACCUUGAUUGCGUUAUCCAAGUUGCUGUCUUUCUCUGAUGCAGCUCAGGAAAUCAUUUCCAUGCUUCAGCAGGUUGUAGCGAAGUACACGCGGGACAGAGAGGGCGCUAUACAGGUACCCGUUAAUGUCAAGCUAUGGAGAACACCAGGUUGUCAUGAACUUCUAGCCUCGCUUGGGUUUGAUCUGAUUGACGUUGGAAAGGAAGAGGUGUUGUUGAUCACCGGGAAGCAAGUCAGCCGACGGAUGCUUCAUUACACCCUACAAGCUCUACUUGCUGUGUAUGAUCCAGCUGCUGCACCGAAGUCCCUACCUCUAGAAAGCUUCUCCUCCAUGGAGAGCCUCUGUUCAUCCCAGUCCGGGGCCUCCAUGUCUGGAAUGUCCGGUAUGUCACUCUCUGCAAUGUCGGCAUCCUCGAUGGUCUCCUGCCACUCCCUGAAGUCCAACACUGACAUGUCCACAGCGCAACCCAUUGAGGUGUCCCUCGGGAAGAGCCACAAGAGAGGGAAACGUCGCAACAACCGCCAGUUUGGUGUGACGUCAACGCCACUAUCUGCCGAGUUGACCCGCAGUGGCUUUGCCUACUCUGGUGAGAACUCCUAUGCUUCACUAAUCGGGACUGGGAUGACGCCGUUGGCUAAUAAUACACGUGGAAUAAGCCCAGUUCCUUCAUCUGGAUCCACGACAUCAACCCCACCUGUACCCAGCCCGGUGACGGUACACCCACAUCAAGGUGCUUCUAGGUCUCAGAUACCCUCUAGGCAGGAAAUCCCGGAUGAGGGUCUGUUCUCUGCCGACGGCAACCUGACAAUGGCUCCCGAGGUCCUGGCUCUUCUCAAUAGUCUCAACAGUGAUCCUGAUGAUACCAUGUUCAAUCAGGGAAGGGGGUCGGCUACCUCAAGCAGAGAGAGCCCUCUCUUGUCGUCUUCAUCCACCUCGUCGAAACCCAAGAAGACCUCCAGCUCCAGAGAGUCACUUCUAGGUAGCCAGGACUCCUUGUCGAUGGGAAUGGUCAACCCUGCUUUUGUGGAUGAUACAGUGGAGUUCAUCAACCGAUCCGUGCCAAUGUCUUCAUCCUCUAGUGUUGAGGUGAAGUACAACAAAGGUAGCAGCAGUGGGAUUGCCACCAGUUCAGACUACAAACGUAGGAGGGAUUCAAACCAGUCGAGAUCACGGUCAGUAUCGCCUGGAGAUGUUUUCCUGCCGGAUACUGCAUCUCCAAAGUGCAGUCUCUAUGCAGGCUCACCUAGACAGAGUCCAGCUAGACUGGAACCAGGAGUAACAAGUCCUAGAGGAGGCAGUCCAAGUGCCAAGCUGCUCCGUCGCACGAGCCAGUCUUCCCCGGCGAGGUCACACUCUGAGCACGGAUCAGAAUCAAGAGGUACACCCUCUCCUCACGAGGCUAUUGCCAUGAAGGUGCUACACGACACCAUGAAGCAUAUGAAUGCUGUGGAGAACAUGCAGAGGUUUACCCGCAUGAAGCAGGGUAAGCCUCACCAGCAAGGUCAGACUGCAGAAGCCGCUGUACCGGCAUCCCCUUCCCAGAGCGAAUCUCCCCACGAACAGACAAGCCGGGGGCCGUGGAAAGUGGUCGAUCGUAAAAGUAGCCCAAUACGAGCUUUAUUCACAGGAGCAAAUGCAGAGAACUCUCCUGCUCAACAAAACUCUACCAGGACUCCUCAGAAACCUGAUCAGGGUGCCUAUGCAAGGAGGCAAGGUAGCCCAACAUGGAGAAAACCCUCCCCUGUCAUGCAGGGAAAUCCAGGAGUGGUCUCCAACAACCCUCUCUCAGAGGGACCUUAUAACAGUAACCAAGACAGGAGGUUUUCUGGAAGUAAUGGUCAAUUUCAGGGGAGCUCUCUGCAAUCGUCAAAUGCCGGUAGUUUGGAAUCCAUCAAUGCACAGAGAAUCCGGUCGCUGAAGGGCAAUGGCUUCCAUAACGGGAUCGACACCCCACAGCAAAUGCCAAUCUCAUCACAAGUGGCAAAUGAGAGGAGUCGUCCUCUAAGUUCUGUGAAUGAUACAGCCACCUUGCCUCACACCAGACCGAUUCACUACGUGCCUCCAAGUGACCUCACACCACAGUCUAACUCCAAGUCUCCGCUAGUAACCCCUGCCGCGCCAUCGUACUUCAAGCAACCGGCGCAUCAAUCCAGUCAGAGUAAUGGAUUUAUUAACCCUCAACAUGCAGCUAGCGGGUUGAAUGCUACGAGUAAAGAGAGACCGAUUGCUUCGAGUUCGAACGCCAUCCCGCUUCAACCGUCAAACUACUAUCUGAGUCGGCCGGAGAGCUCCCAGAGCACAGCCAGUAGCGUUUACUCGUCUACGUCCUCCAUACCCAGCGUGAUCCACGUUCAGGCAGGAAAUAGCCCAAACCACCAUGGAGCUCCUUCGACACAAAACCAUGUAAGUUAUCGUUCAAAUGAGAAUCAUUCCAAUCCACAGCAGGUACCCCCUGGAGCAUCACACCAGGCUGUGGCUAACGGUGGGGUAGGGACAAAGUUACAGAGGGGGAGGGUUGGUAGCAGUGACAGCGGUCGUUCUGUCACUAAGAAAGUUUAUCAUUCCUCGCCUUGCUAAAGAAGUGUGUGGAUAAAUCAUCUUUAAUCAUGGCUAAAAAAUUCCUCUGAUAUUCAGAAUUAAUUAAAAUGCAAAUAAUAUUCCAAUUUAAUGUCCUACUAAUAGACAAACAAACUUCCAGCAACAUUUGUAAAAAGUUUCUUGAUUUUUAUCUCUUACCACCUGAAAUAAAUAAUUUUUUUAUUUUUAAGUGAAGACCAGGAGCAAAAUUCUUGCUCCCGAAUAAGAAAGAAAAUUGUUGAAAAGCAAAAUUUUACUCUUGAAAGUAACUUGUGCUUCCUUUAAUGGAGCUGGUGCAAUCAACUCAAACUUUAGAUUCGGUUCAUUUUGAGUUCUUAGUGGAGAUUCUAUUAGUUGUACUCUCACUUAAUCUACUGUGCCAAAAACACUUUUGUAUCACUUUAAGUUUAAUUUUGAAGCACCAAGAUUUGACACAGUUUGCUCUCUAUACACCUUUCUUUGGGACAGUUCAUUUUAUUUAUCAGUAAAAUGGGUGUUAGUUUCAUAUCAUUUUUGGUCAAAUGGUAAACUAUUUUUUGCAGUGAAUGCCGCCUGGGCCCAAUUUCAUAGCGCUGCUUAAACUGCAAGAAAAUG